AUGGACGCGGCGGGUGGGGAGGACUACCGAGGCUCAGAGGUGCUGAGGACCAGUGCGUGGGUGGCCGGUCGAGCCACCGAUGUCUCGAUCUCGGAGGCCGGUGUCCGCAGUGCCGCAAUUUCGCUGUACGAAGCACGAGAGAAGGGCGACUUUUCGCUCGAUCAGUGGAAGCAGCCCGAACUCAACCCCAAGGAGGAGACCGUACACACCGUGGCAUGGAUCUUCGUGGUGGACACGCUCAACUUUGCCUUCUGGUCGGACAGCGAGGAGCUCUUCACGGUGGACUACAACGGCAAGCUGCACAACGGCUACUGGUCGCUCUGCGCCGCCAUCAACCGCGCCCUCGAUGCACGUCGCCCUCAACACUCCACCCGCGCACCGUGCUCCACCGGCUCAAGCGUCAUGUCGGAAGGAAUUCCAAUCACAGACGCGAGGUACAUGGCGAACAUCACGCCCGAGCAGCUGCAGCACGUCUUUAGAUCAGCGACGACGGAGCAGAUCCCGCUGUUCGAGAAGCGACUCGAAGUACUGCGCGAGGCAGGCCGCGUGCUGCUCGAGCGAUUCGGCGGCAGCUUCGUGAACGCGAUCGCGGAGGCCAACCAGAGCGCGCAGACGCUGCUCAAUCUGGUCGUCUCCAAUUUUUCGUCGUACAACGACCAUGCCACCUACGACGGCCAGAGCGUGAAGUUGUACAAGCGUGCGCAAAUUUUGGUGGCGGACCUGUGGGCCGCGUUCCGAGGGCGGAGCUACGGCGCCUUUGCUGACAUCGACUCGAUCACCAUGUUCGCCGACUACCGCGUGCCCCAGGGCCUGGUCCACCUGGGCGUGCUGGAGUACUCGGAAGCGCUGCUGAAGCGGCUGCGGGAGGACCCGCACCUCCCCUCCGGCGACCGUCUCGAGGUGGAGAUCAGGGCCGCUUCCAUUUGGGGCGUUGAGAUGGCGAAACUGCGCGAGGAGAAGGAGGAGGGCGAGGGCGGGGCACCGCUCAACGCGAUCGUGAUCGACUUCUACCUGUGGACGUUCGCCAAGGAGCACGGGCAUGCGAUGAAGCACAUCCCCAUCCACAAGACCCGGUCUGUCUUCUAUUGA